AUGUUACCUGCUGCUAUGAGAAGUGUUAACAACCCAGUGCAAAUAUUGAGGAAUGCCCUUAGUACAAAGAAGGGUGAGGUGGAGGUUGCUCAGACUGCCUUGGAGGCUGCAUAUAAAGAUGAAAAAGGGCAAAACCCAAAAACUAUUGGAUCACCUGUUGUCGUUGCUGGGGCUACUGCUGAUCCCUCUAAGAAAAAGAGGAGUCGUCCAAGAAAGAUUGUUGUUGAUGGUAACACUAGUGUUCCUGGUGCUACUUCUUCAGAAACCAUCCAAAAAGCUGGAUUGAGAUCUACAACGCGCACAAUUCAUGUGAACAUCGGGGAGGACAUUAUAUCUAUGGUAAUGACUUUCUUACAGCAAGGACCACCGGCAGCUUGUGUGCUAUCUGCAACUGGAAACGUACGUAAUGUCACCCUCCGACGGUCUGCAAUGGGUAGUGACACUGAGAUGUAUAAGCCUAGUGAUGGGCACAUAGGGUCUGCUUCGAAAGGUUAUAAUGAUGUGCAUGAAGGACAUGGUUUCGGUGUAAGAAAUGGUAUAAGAGUGCUUAGCGAGAGGCAAAGUUAG